ACGGAAAGAAUUUAAAUUAUUUCAAUAUUACUAUCUAAGUAAAGAAAUGUGUGAAAAUAGCCAAGAAACAGCAACUAAUAGUAAGGGGGCAAAAAGUUAUUCAAGUAUGAAAACCGAAAAGAAAAAGACAAGAGCUCCUAAAGCAACGAUGAAGCAGCUAGAUUUUCUAAUUGCAUACAUGGAGAACCAUACUGCUUUCGCUACUGGCAAAUUAUUAGGAGCAAGGGGAAAGCCAGCUCAUGAUGACCAAUGGAAACACUUAAUGGAACAGUUAAAUCAUUUAGAUGGACCAUCAAAAAAUAUAGAAGGUUGGAAAAAGCUUUGGUGUGAUCAGAGAAGCCAAGCUAGGUCUCGUGCAGCAAAAGCCAAAGAAGUACAACGACGUACUGGCAAUACAGGAGAAAACAUUCAGUUGAAGGAUUUUGAUUUACGAAUUUUAUCUAUUUUUGGAGGCGAAUCCUCGGUAGGAUUACCUAUAAUGGAAAUAGGAUUUGGGGAACGACCUGAGGAUAUUAAUGAUCCAUCAUUAGUAUUAGGAUUGACAUCUAAUAAUGUCUCGGAGAAAGAAAAUAUUACCAUUAAUGACAAAGAAAAUGAAAUUGCAAUAACUGAUAAAAAUAUAAAUGAUGAAGAGAAUGUUAUUUCAUUUCCAUUGAACGAAGAAGAUACUUUUGUACAAAAUGUUAAUGAACAAACACGUAAAUCAUAUAAUUCUAUCACUGAUCUAAUUCUUCAUGAGUCUAUUGAUGAGCCUUCUACCAGUAGCCAACAUUUAUCUUGUAAUAUUUCAACUGCAUUAAAAACAACUGAUCAGUCCAUUAAUGAGUCCCCUGUUAGUAGUAAACAUGUAUCUUCUAAUAUUUCAACUGCACUAAAAUCAAUCUCGAAACGACCAUUGGCUGAUAUAUUAAAUGCAACUAAAUGCAGCAAGAAACGUCUGAAAAGCUCUAAUAUAGAAGAAACGAAAGAUUACAUUACAAAGACGCAAGAAAAACAAAAUGAAACUUUACAGGAAAUGCUUGGAACAUUAAACCGCAUUGCUUCUGGAACAGAAGAACAAAAUAAACUUUUCAAAGCAUUAUUAAUUACAUUAGAUCAGUUAAUAAAUGUUUUUUCUACGACUGUUCAGGACUAAGG